UUUCUAUACACAAUACACACACGCGCACACAAAAACUGAAAACCCUUCUUCUCUCUCCUCACUCUCUCUCUUUCUCUCUCAUCAUAUUGUCCUCACAACUCACUUUUCUCUCCCUGUUCCAUUCGCCCUCUGCCGGCGCUCAAAAGCCCUAAAUUUUCUCUCUCUCUCUCUCUCUGCACAUGUACUGUAUGUAUAUGUUUGUGUGCUGAUGAUAUAUACAUGUAUAUGUAUCUAUCUUCUGAUUCUCUAGGAAGCGUUUCUGUCUCAUGAGAUAAUUGAGUCCGAAAGGAUGAUUGGUUGUAAUGAUAUUGUGCUGAAGGUUUUGAGUUUGCAUAUUAUCUGCAUGCAUUACCAUUGCUGAUCACUAGCAGCUGGGAUAUUAUUUUCUAAGGAAAUGGAUCGACGUGAUACUUCAGGUUUUGUAAGUGGGGGUGGGAUGUGCUGUUCCAGAGAUGUCUAGCACUAGUUUUAGGACUAACUUUGUUUUUUUUUAAUAAAAGCCCGGAAGUCAGGUUAACUGCAUCUUUGCUAUUAAGAUUGGUUCAAGUAAUAGUUGUGUGGAGUUUUAGCUAACAGUUUAUGGAUCCCAGAUUCCACAGUUUUGGUUUUGCUGCAAACCUGUCCUUAAAUGCAUAUAAUAAUCUGGGCAAUCCAAUUCAAAUAGGAGGAGCUGGAGUGCAAGGUGGUUAUUGUGCAGAUACGACAUUGCGACUUGAUUCCCUUGGUUCUUUAGUAUCAUCUAUUUCUUCCCCAAAGGGAAUCAAAAGGAAGUGGGGCUUGAUUGAUGGACCCACCAAUGAGCAGGUUGGGUCCUCUUUGUGUCUUGGUCUUGGUUAUUCAUCAAGUUCCUCGGAGAGUAAGGGGGGGAGUUCAGCCACUGCAACUGUGUGCACCUCAACUUCUUCGACGAAAGAAAGUGAUGACGAAUCCUCAAUGGACCUAGAAUUGGAUUUCACUCUCCAUCUUGGCAAUGAGAAGUCACUGAGCCCCAAAAAGUCAGCCAGCUGUGAGAAAGAAUUUAAUAUGCCACUUAAGGUUGAUCUGGAACUGAGUCUUUCCAGUGGCCCUAGUGAAUCUGGUAUUACCACAGCAUAUCAAAGCUCUACUUCACCACAUAGUUCCAUGAAGCUGCCAGAGACUAUUGUUGGAGUUCUUCAAAUAGAUGAAGGGUCAAUGUCAUCCUCUUUAAAAAGUGGGUGUUUGAUCAACCCAUUACAGACUCCAAAUAGCGCUAGGGCUAGUUAUGUCAAUCAGGCUGAAAGACAAAUCAAUUCAGCUCCUAUCUCUCAUGAUCCCUGUUCCAGUUCCAUAGCUAACCUAAAAAGCUCUGUAACCUGUUCUUCCGGGGUAACAAAACAGAAGAAGCAGCAGCAACAACAACGUAGCAGUAGUAGUAGUAGUACUAAAAAGUGUCAGUUCCAGGGUUGUGUAAAAGGAGCAAGAGGUGCUUCUGGCCUUUGCAUUGCCCAUGGCGGUGGGCGGAGGUGUCAGAAAUCUGGCUGCCAUAAAGGAUCCGAGGGUCGAACUGCAUUCUGCAAGGCCCAUGGUGGUGGUCGACGGUGUGAAUUCCUAGGAUGCACCAAGAGUGCUGAAGGACGUACAGAUUUCUGUAUUGCACAUGGCGGUGGGCGUCGUUGCAGCUACGAGGGAUGCGCCCGUGCUGCCAGAGGGAAAUCUGGGUUGUGCAUUCGCCACGGUGGAGGCAAGAGAUGCCAGAAAGAGAACUGCACAAAGAGUGCCGAAGGCCUUUCUGGUCUCUGCAUUUCACAUGGAGGCGGUCGGCGAUGCCAGUAUCCACAAUGCACCAAGGGGGCACAAGGGAGCACAAUGUUCUGUAAAGCACAUGGUGGCGGUAAGCGUUGCAUUUAUGAAGGGUGUACAAAGGGUGCAGAAGGGAGCACACCAUUUUGCAAGGGCCAUGGUGGAGGGAAAAGAUGUUUAUUCCAAGGAGGUGGGGUUUGCCCAAAAAGUGUGCACGGAGGGACUCUUUACUGUGUAGCACAUGGGGGCGGUAAGAGAUGUGCUGUGACCGAUUGCACAAAGAGUGCAAGGGGCCGGACUGAUUUUUGUGUGCGCCACGGUGGGGGCAAGAGAUGCAAGUUUGAAGGGUGUGGAAAAAGUGCCCAAGGAAGCACUGAAUUCUGCAAGGCACAUGGUGGAGGGAAGAGAUGCUCUUGGGGUCAGGCUGGUUCUGAAUUUGGCAUCGGUGACGGUCCUUGUAACUCACUCGCUAGGGGGAAAACGGGGCUUUGUGCAUCUCAUGGUGCUCUGGUGCAGGACAAACGAGUUCAUGGUGGAGCCACCAUUGGAGUUAUAGUCCAGGAUACAACACCCAACAAACCCAAGAAGUUGAACAAUACUGUCACUCAAGACGACAUGAACGUUGAUACCAUAAAAAUGGAGACGAGCGUGCUAACAUCUCCAAACAGCUCUAGCGGGAAAUGUUUAGCCAACCCGUCGGCAUCAAUAGCAGUGAGAGCUCCUGAAGGGAGGGUGCACGGUGGAAUUUUAAUGGCAUUGCUAAGAAACAAUUCAGGUCUUAGUUUAGGCAACAACACGGGCAUGGUGAAUCCAGCAGAGCCAGGGAAAACAUACACAGUAUCUCAGAACUGGAUGUAAGAAGGGAAUACUGAAGCCUCUGUCAAUGCCCAAUGGUCUUUUUGCUUUUCUUGUCCUAUAUUUCUGGAAGUGGUCUUCAGGACUCUUGUGUUUGUUACAUCAAGGAUGAACUUUAGUUAGUCUUACUCAUUUCCUUAUUGUAUAUAGUUUUGUAUUCUGUUAUCGUUUUUAUUUUGUGAAUAUUAUAUAGUGUACCCUAAAGAACUGCUUACAAUAAAGCUGUAUUUGGCUUACCAUGUAAGAAUUUUCUC